GCGUCUGCAUCCGAAGUCAUUGUGCUGCUGUCGCCUCCAGUGAGCGUGUGGGUUCGCACGUGCGAAGAACUAAUUAUGAAAAGACUCUAUGUUUUCAUUCUGGCGGUGUUUGUGUCACCAAUGUUUUCCAACGGCCAAGCACCUAACUAUAAACCCAACAAUAAGUAUGAAGACCUAGUGAAGAUGGUAAGAAAGUUACUGCAACAAAAGGGUUACCUCGCAAUAAGCCGUGGAAGGUACUCACAAUUAGAUUACCCCAUAUGCGUGCGAUCACGUUUCGAAGAUCGCGCAUUGUCUGGAUAUUUUCACAAGCUAACUUACUACGAACAGAAGGAAAAGCGUUCCGGUGUACUAGGAAAGCGCCAUACAUUAAGAGCCUUCUUUGAAGUCAGACCACAAGCCGCACAGGGCCUCCUCGUCACGGUUUAUCUGAGUGGCGGUUACGUGGACCAUAGAAUAUCUGGAAGCUAUAAUAUCCUCUAUGCUGACAAUACUUGCUUUAUUGUCGCUGCACAGCGAGAAGAUAACACACUGGAAUGGAGCAACAACACUGCUUUAAUGCCAACAGCAUUUUCGCAAUGCUUACUCUGGAGGCGAGCAGCCGCUAUAGAACCACAGCGUACUCCAUGCAGGAACGCAUUCAGAAAGCUGUGCACCCAAUAUAAGGGACAUAAAUUUGUUUACACAAAGGAAAGAUGCACCCCGAACAACGACAUAUAAAGGCCGUUCCUCCAUACGUAUUUACUAUUGCAGGAUGUUGUUCGUUUACGUUACUUGAAGCAAA